AUGCCUCCUAGUAAACAUACAACCAAUUCUCGUGAUUCAGGAGUCUUUUUUGACCUUGACUUUGAUCUUGACGUUAGCGAAAACGCUAACGUUAACGAAAACGUUGGCGAAAACGUUAGCGCUAAUGAAAGCGUUAGCGAAAACGUUAGCGUUAAUGAAACCGUUAGCGAAAAAGUCAAUACUCCUUAUAGUAAUUACUUGGGACUUCACAUCCCAGUAACAAAGUCGAUCUGUGAGGAACUCGACUAUGAUCCUUUUUUCUCUAUUUACCCUUUAGACGUGGUUUUACCUCCAAAACUCCCUCUGGACGCAAAAGUUCCUUUCUCUUAUUAUCUUGGCUUAGGUUCUCAAAAAACAACUAAACGCGGACAUAGCGAACAUGAGAACCCACAAC